AUGUCUUACAACCGAGUGCUUCCCAACCCGGUUGCUUUGCACCAUGUCUCUGCCCAAGUCUCGCUGCCCAGAUCCAGCAAUCUCAUCGAGCACAAGAUCAUGAACGACUCGCCCAUGUCCCACGGUGCUUUGCCGCUCCGUUCAGAUCCCCUGGAUGCCGCUUACAGAUACCCCGAGGCUCGACAUCCAAGCACUGUCCCCACGACUCAAUAUAUGGCCACCUUGAACCGCACCAAAUUCGAACUCAGCGCGCAGAUGGGAAGACCUACAGGUCCUCUGCUCGCCACAAACGAUCUCGCUCUCCAAGACCGCUCAUCGUCUUCCUCGCGGGGUUCUAGUCCAAGAUUGUCCAAGGAGAUUAGUUGGUGUCUCUGCAAGCCGGAUCCGAAAAUUCCCCGGCCUCGUAAUUCAUUUAUUUUGUACCGCCAGCAUUACCAGGCGGCCGUGGUGCAUCAGAACCCGGGUCUGUCAAAUCCGGAUAUCUCGAAGAUCAUUGGAAGACAGUGGAAAGCUCUGUCGGAUGAGGAAAGGGAAAAAUGGAAUGCUCUCGCAAGGGAAGAGAAAGACCGCCAUCAACAGCAAUAUCCCGACUACCGAUAUCAACCUAAGCGGUCUGGUCGAGAUGGUAGUGCCCGUGGCUCAGUCUCCGGCAUCAGUCACAAUCCUUCGGGGCAGUCAACAUGUAACCGAUGUGGUGGACGUAUCAUGAAUGCCCCUUCUUCCCCAAUGACACCAUUCUCUUCCUCCGGCACACCAAUCAGCCGAUCUAGUCUCUCAGCAAGCUCACAUCCGAUCGGGAUCACCCCAAGAACAUCGGCCUGUCGGGCAGAAACGAAGCCGCUGCCUGAAACAGUGAGAACUGACCAGCUGGAGUCUCGAGCCCGCCGCUUCCCCGAGGAAGAUCAUGCUCCAGAUGUCAAGCGUCGUCGGGUCUCCCACCAAUCCCAAUAUGAUUAUCGGGAGAAGAGCCCUGAGAUCACCUACCCAAUGUCUCCAUACACCCGACCAGAGCUGCAUCACCCAAGUCCACUUCCCAUGAUCCACCCCCAGAGAUUCGGCAGCAUCCCCAGCUCUCCACACCCCGAUCUCAGCCUGAAGCUCCCCCCCGCUGAAAACCACAACACCCAUGACCCCUCUGACACCAUUCUCUCAAGAUGGGCGACGGUCAUGACAAUCCCCUUUCUCAACAAGAUUAAAGUGCUCGCCAAAAUCUCACCCCCUCUCCUUCCUUCUUUCCGCGACUCAACUUCCACUACCAUUCACAGAGGUCCCGUCAUUUCAAUCGAUGGCCAAGAUGUCCAUCUUGUCCAAAUAGCAGUCGACUUUCUCGACCGCCUCCUACGGAAAGAAUCAAAAUACACGGUCCGCACAUUUCCAGGCCCCGAAGCUCCCAAUCCAUCUGAAAUAGGCGACGCCGUGAUGAACGACUACAUCGACAAAAUCUCUGCCUGGCAUCGCAUCUCAGACGAUGUCCACACAUUCAUUAAACCCGAUUCUUCCCGCUCCACUCCAGACGCAGAUGGCGCUUCAUCUUCAAGCCUCUCACCGAAAACCAUCUUUUCCCAGACUGCAACACUCCAGAUGAAUUCCCCGCCGAAUUCCUCAGAAGACUCAGAAGGAAGCCCCCUUCAAAAGCCUCAGCCCGCGCCACAGGCUCAAUCCCCUACCCCUGUCGCAUUGGUCCCACGGUAUCAACUCACGACCGCAGAUGCCUUUGCAUGCUCAAUCCCCAUCCAAGACUCAUACACACCGCUCGACCAUUGGCAGUGGAUGGCUUCUCUAUGGCGAGGCUGCAUCGGGCCUGAUAUCACAGUCUACAUUCGCGAAUGCACGAAAGAUGAACUCGAUCGUGCAGGCGGAAAUCCGGUUGAGGUUAGACUGCAAGAUGCUAGGACUGUUAUCUUGAGAAAGGUUACUGGCACGGCAAAGGACUUGGAGGAGAAGGCGUUAAAGAGAGUUGGGUUUGAGAUAGAGGAUUUCUUGACCGGUUAA